GUCUCGCGAGAGCCGGCGGCGGCCGUCCUUGAGCGUGCCGAGCCGGCGGGGUCUGCGGUGCCGCGUCGCGGGUUCGCUGCCAUGGCGCGGAGGCUCAUUGAGUGGUACUGGGAAAUCCCCGACGGCACCGAGUGCCACCGCAAAGCCUACGCCAGCACCAGCAUCAGCGGCUUCAUCGGCGUGACGACCUCCGCCUACAGCCUCGCACUCAGACCCGCGGGCACCUUCCUGGAAGGAGCGGCGCGGGCCGGGCGAUACACGUUCACCGCAGCCGCCGUCGGGGCCGUGUUUGGCCUCGCCUCCUGCAUCAGCGCCCAGGUCCGCCAGAAGCCCGACGACCCCCUGAACUACUUCAUCGGCGGCUGUGCCGGAGGCCUGACCCUGGGAGCGCGUGUGCACAGCCCUGGGGUCGGCGCCACUGCCUGCGUGUACAUGGGCGCCAUGGCUGCCCUGCUCAAGAUCGGCCGAUUGGAGGGCUGGGAGGUAUUUCCGGAACCCAAAGUGUGAGCCCACACCCGCCAGGACCUCGGGCAGGUGGAAGUGCACCUAGAAAUAAAUCCUGUGUAUAUGUGUG